AUGGAUUACCUCACCACCUUUACCGGCAAGAGCGGCCGCCUGCUGCGCGGCACCGCCAACCGCCUGUGGGGGGCCGCGCCCGGGGCCCCCCGCCAGGUCCGCUUCCUCGACUCCCUGCAGGAGAGGGGCCCGGGCCCAGCGUCCGCACCAGGAUGCAUUUCAUCAGGCCCUGGUGACUUGCAGGCCCCUUAUCCAACCCAUCCUCCCAGCCCCGAUAGUGGCCAGAAGAAGAACCCAGACAAGAAAGAUGGGCGACGAAUGUCUUUUCAGAAGCCUAAAGGGACUAUUGAAUAUACAGUUGAAUCAAGAGACACUCUAAACAGUAUUGCCUUGAAAUUUGAUACGACACCGAAUGAACUGGUUCAGUUAAACAAAUUUUUCUCCCGAGCAGUUGUUCCUGGACAGAUUUUAUAUGUUCCUGACCCAGAAUAUGUUUCUAGUGCGGAGAGCUCCCCAUCUCUUAGUCCCAUAAGUCCCCUGUCACCUACAUCUUCAGAAGCUGAAUUUGACAAGGCUACAGAUCCAGAUGGGCUCCAGCGAAAAGAGGCAGCUGCUUCACCAGCUUAUGCAUGUUUUCGUCCUGCAAGAGUGGUAUCAUCCACAUCAGAGGAGGAAGAAGCAUUUACUGAAAAAUUUCUCAAAAUUAAUUGCAAGUACAUGACUUAUGGCAAGGGUGCGGUCAAUGGUGUGCUGCUAGUGACGCCAAAUAAUAUAAUGUUUGAUCCACAUAAAUCUGAUCCUAUGGUCCAAGAGAACGGCUGCGAAGAGUAUGGCAUCAUGUGUCCAAUGGAAGAAGUGAUGUCAGCUGCUCUGUAUAAAGAAAUUGUGGACAGCAAAAUAAAGGAUUCAUUACCCAUAGAUGUAGAACCAUUAUCUGUAAGGGACCUCUGCCAUUUCAAGAAAAUUACAAGAAGCAAUACAGAUGAAAUGGAUUCAAGGGUUCGGGAUACAGGGAAUGACAGUGCCAGCACUGCCCCUCGGAGCACAGAGGAGUCUCUUUCGGAGGAUGUGUUCACAGAAUCGGAACUCUCUCCAAUAUGUGAGGAACUUGUUUCUUCAGAUGAGCUUCGACAAGACAAAUCUUCUGGUGCCUCAUCAGAAUCUGUCCAAACGAUAAAUCAAACUAGCGCAGAAUGUUUAACAGUAAUUUCAGACUCAACUGAUGUUCCCAGUGACUUAAAAUCCAGUGUUGACUUGCCUGUAAAUGACAGUGGGUUUGUAACCCAUAUUAUGGGUUCAGAAACUGUUGAAAUGGCAAUACAGGAGGGAGAGGACACUGUAGGGGAAAAAGUUACAGAGGCCCAUGAACAAUCUUUGCAAGAUAUGCAACCCAGUAAAGAAUGUGGCACAGAUGUAGACGUCAUAGAUCAGGAUUCCACACUAGAGAAAACACACAAAAGAGAGGGUGAGAUAAAGGAGGAAUGUCUACUUUGUGAAGACAUCAAAGACUCUCAAAAAAAAGAGACCAUUACCAAGGGAAAACUAGUGAAAGAAUUAACUCGAGAUUCGGACAUAGACGUUGAAGAGCUUCGUGAACUCUGGAAGAUUCAUACUAUGCAACAAACUAAGCAGCAAAGAGAAAACAUGCAGCAAGAUUCACAAAAAGAAAUUAAGCACAAAAUGGAGGUUGCAGCAGAUGGACAAGCUGAAGGUUCUGCUCCUAUGAAGGAGAAGAGAAGACAUCGAUUUCACAAAUUCUUGUGUCUCAAAGUUGGAAAACCUAUGAGAAAAACAUUUGUGUCACAAGCAAGUGCAUUAAUGCAGCAGUAUGCACAGAGAGAUAAGAAACACGAGUACUGGUUUGCUGUUCCACAUGAAAGGACAGAACACUUGUAUGCCUUCUUUAUUCAGUGGAGCCCAGAAAUGUAUUCAGAGGAUACUGGGGAGUCUAUUAGAGAGCCUGGGUUUAUAGUGGUAAAGAAGAAUGAAGAACCUGAAACUGGUGAUUGCACUAACGAAGCUGCUUCUAGAGAGUGGGAGAUAACAAGGGAAGACAUAAAUUCAAAGCAGGCUACAAAUAUCAAAACAGACCUGGAGCCUGAAGCAUUUCGGCCAAAUCUUAGCGAUCCUAGUGAAUUGUUGCAGUCAGACCAAAUUGAAAAGCUCACAAAGCACCUUCCUCCGCGAACCAUUGGGUAUCCAUGGACUCUUGUCUACAGCACUGCAAAGCAUGGCAUGAGCUUGAAGACAUUGUAUCGAACUAUGUUGGGGCUAGACACUCCUGUACUAAUGGUUAUCAAGGAUAGUGAUGGGCAGGUUUUUGGUGCACUAGCCUCUGAACCUUUUAAAGUGAGUGACUGCUUUUAUGGCACCGGAGAGACCUUUCUGUUUACUUUCUCUCCAGAUUUUGAGGUCUUCAAAUGGACAGGAGACAAUAUGUUUUUUAUUAAAGGAGACAUGGACUCUCUAGCUUUUGGUGGGGGAGGGGGAGAAUUUGCUCUUUGGCUUGAUGGGGAUCUCUACCAUGGAAGAAGUCACUCUUGUAAAACAUUUGGGAAUCACACACUUUCUAAGAGAGAAGACUUCAUUAUCCAAGACAUUGAAAUCUGGGCUUUUGAAUAA